AUGGAUUCUUUUAUCACGUUCAACAUCCUUUGCUCGGACGGUAGAAAGCAAACAGUAUCCGGGAAACGAAGCCAAUCACUCAGAGAAGUGUUUUCUGAUUAUAAUUUCCUCAAAUCAAAUUCCACAGAAUACCAUUUCAUCAAAAACAGGCUAGCACUACACAUAGACAUAUCACUUGGGGCGCUGGGAAUAACUGAUGGUGAUACCGUGUUCGUAAUCAAGCGCAAUAUCGCUCCAAAGAUAAACUACCCAAACAAUACAGCCUUAGAAGAAUCCGUUUGCCGAGAGGCCAUCAGAAUGUCAGAUAUACAGUUUUCUCAUUUGGAACUCUUCAAGAGAGCUCGAAAUGUUUAUUCGACCUAUUUCAAGCACCAGUCAGAUUUUUCCUCAUCCGAAAUUCAUACUCCAGUACAAAAGAGCUACAUCGCUGAAGCCGCGACCUCUGUCUCUCAAACAUCUCUUCCAAUGCUAUGGACUUCCAGCGGAAAGCCAUACAUUCGUUGCCCAAUUUACAGAAACCAGAAGAAUGUUCAAGAGGAAAAGUGUGAGUAG